AUGGGUGGAGGCCACGACAUGCACGGCAGCCCCAACGGCGGCGUGAAGGGCUUCGUGUCCAGCCUCGUCGGCGGCGGCAAAGGCCACGGCUACGGGUCAUCAUACGGCCAGGGGCACGGCUACGGCGGCGGCCAUGUACAGGGCUACCAGCAGGGAUACGGCGGGCAUGGACAGAGCUACGAGCACGGUUACGGCGGACAUGCGCAGCACGGACACGGCGGCUACGAGCAUGGGUAUGGCGGCGGGCAUGUGCAGCAGGGACACGGGCACGGGUACGGCGGACACGGGCAGCAGCACGGAUACGGCGGCGGCCACGCGCAGCUCGGGUACCCUCCCGCUGCCGGCGCCUACCCUCCGCACGGGGGCUACCAGGCGCACGGCUACGCGCCGGCGGCCUACCCUUCUCACGGGGCGCACCAGGGUCACAUGGGAUCGUACCACACCGGGCAUGGCGGCGGGCACCACCACGGCGGCAAGUACCACGGCGGCAAGUACAACGGCGGCAAGCACGGCAGUAAGUGGAUCAGGUGA